UUAUUCUUCCCCAUCAGUAGGAUAUUUCCGUAUCCAAUAUUGGAUGCAUAAAACCUUGUGCCUCCAACGUAACGCUCUCGUUUUCGAAGUUUUCCAAAUAUUCAUUCAUUCAGAAUGAAUUCAGAUUCAACUUCAUACAAAUGAUCUCUAAAUCAACGAUAGUCCUACGUCACCCUUGCGGUUAUACCAUAGAUAUAACCCACUUCCUGUUUUUAACGUUGAACUCGGACAUUCUUUGCGCUAGUGAGCGGGUUGUGUGUUUCUUCACACUCCGCUAUAAAAUUUGGAGAAUGAGAAAAUCUGGGAAAAUCACAGAUGACAGUAGAAUCCCGAUUAUCCGCGGAAUAGUCGGGCAAACUCACCGCGAUUAAUGAAAAUCGCGGAUGACCCAUUAAAGGACAAAAAAAUGCAAACACGAAAAGAGAUGUUUCAACAUAAAAACUAUGUUCUAUCAAUACAGAAAUCAAUCAACUAUCCAUCUAUAAGGUCGUGUACACCAGUGUAAUGUAAAAGCCAUGGCCACAACAAAAGAGCAUGGUCCUACCACUCACUAACAAAUUCCGGAAAGGCCUAUUGAUUUACUAUGGAACUCGCAGUCACGAAUAAUCCGCAGGGCGGAUCACCCGCUCGCGGAUAAUCGGGCUUCUACUGUCAUAGUCUCAUUUAUGGAAUAAAAAACAUUUGCUUGCAGAUAAAAUAACUUGCAUAUAUUUUCGCAAACUAAAAUAAUCUGGCAUCUCUGAAACUGAAAGGAACAGUCUGUAAUUGUGAAACGAGUAUUAUGAUUUUCAGGGGAAAUAGGUUAAGUUAAGGUUAGGACUACGCGCUUCAACUAAUUAAAUAAUACCAAGUAGAUAUUUUCAUUCAAAUUUUACCAAUUGAAAAUUGCCUUUUAGCCUUCUAAUCUGAUAGAGGAUAGUUUGGAUUCCAAACUCAAAUGUCGCCACUAGCCAUCGCGGAUAUUUUCGUUGUCUCGGGUUGAGGGCGAUAUUGACCGUGUAAGGUGGAAAAAUAUUGAUUGAGGUUAGAUCAGAUGUUGAAAGCCUAGCUGUCACGAUAUUGAAGACACUUAUUGUCAAUCCGGUUGAUCGUGUAAGGUCCGCUUUAGGAUUCAUUUUCUUAGAGCGAAUUUUUCUUCAGUCGAUCAAUUUUAACCUACGCCUUCGUAACCUGCGUUACCGAACUUUUCUCUGCCUCUCACACUCUCGUACAAAUUACUCUUACAUCGAACCCGUAUCGAGUAUGUCUCGUGUUUUUAACCGUUGCUACUUGUCUUAUGACUUUCACUUAUCUCGUGCGUGCUCGAAAAAGGCAUACUUGACCGCUCUCUCCAGUUAGGUAUAAUUUUAGGUAGAUAUUAGCCUUGUAGUAUUAGUAUCAUUAGGGCACUCAUGCUCAGGCCUGUUGAUAGUAAUGAAUAAAUUUAAAUGUAAAAAGAAUAAAUGUAAAUUCGUCCGUCAAAAAUUAACUAAUCACAUUUUUUAUCUAAGAAUGUACCAAUUCAAACACACUUCGCUCACUACUUCACACCUGUAUGAAUAACACUGCUUGUUGAGUCUAGAUAUGUUUUGUAAACAAACCACUCAAGCCAGCGCAUUUGACAUUUGUGAUUCUCGAAGGAUCAGGGAACUGUUCAUAGUGUGUAGUGUUUACUCUAGGAAUAUAAUUUUAACUUUUCUAUUUCGACAGUUUCCGAAUGAAAAGAAAAUCGGAGUGAGAUGGCCACUGUUAGCAACAAUUUAGACCAAUGCAGUUUUUGCUCUGAUGUAUGCAAUAACGAAUUCCGUCACGCACUGGUCCCCACUCACCUUCGAAAGCAGAAGCUAGAAUUUAUUCUGCAAAAGUUUGGUGGUUUCACAUCCCCGUUGAGCAGCUAUCUCACGUGCGCCAAAUGCCGCCAAGAGUUCAUAAGCCUCCAUAACAUUCCCGAGAGCUGCUUCCAAAUUUUGCCCAGCGCCGAACCGACUGACAUCAAGAUGGAACCAGAAUUAAUGAUCGAUGACCACGAGCUGUCCGAUAAUACCAUUUUUGAGACGGAUCCAAUACCGGAUUUUGAGUCAAUUCAACAGGAAGCCGAAAUGCAAAUCAAGGGAGAAAACGAGGAGGUAUUCUUAAUCAACGAAAUUGACGAAGAAGACGACAACACUCCAAUCAUUCGCAACACGGGAGAGAAACCGUUGAAAUGUGAAAAGUGUGACAAAACAUUUCGUUCAAAAAACGGUCUUCAACUGCAUCUUCGAACUCAUACGGGUGAACGUUCUUAUUCUUGCCCACAUUGUCCGAAAGCGUUCAUGUAUUCUUCAAAGCUCCAAAUUCACAUUCGAAUUCACACGGGUGAACGUUCCCAUUCUUGUCCACAUUGCACGGAAGUAUUUAAGAAUCAUUCAACGCUUCAAGACCACAUUCGUACUCAUACGGGUGAAUUUCAAUUUUCUUGUCCACAUUGUCCGGAGUUGUUUGGGCGUCAUAAAACGCUCAAACUGCACAUUUUAACUCACACGGAUGGGCGUGCCUACUCUUGUCCACAAUGUCCGAAAACGUUUAAGACGUCUUCAACGCUUAAUGAACACAUUCGAAUUCAUACGGGUGAACGUCCCUAUCCUUGCCCACAUUGUUCGAAAGCUUAUAAGAGGUCUUCAACACUACAAGAACACAUUCGAACUCAUACGGAUGAACGUCCCUAUUCUUGUCCACAAUGCCCGAAUGCGUUCAAGAGUAGAGCAGGGCUCAAUCAUCACAUUCGAACUCAUACUGGUGAAUGUCCUUAUACUUGUCCGCAUUGCCCGAAAGCGUUUAAGAGAAGUUCAGCGCUAAAAACGCACAUCAUUCAAAUUCACACUGGUGAACGUCCUUAUUUUUGUCCACAUUGCCCGAACACGUUUAAGAGUAAAUCAGCGCUAAGAAAGCACAUUAGUCGAACUCACACGGAUGAACGUCCCUUUAGUUGUCCUGCACCUACUGCACCUUCGUAGAAGCCAUGCGUCUACGAGUAUCACGCACAACCAGUUCGAUAAUGAUACAGGUGACUCGAGACAGAAGUCACUGGCGACCGUCAAGAAAGACAUAGCUAAAUGCUGAAAAGAAACUUGUGAAGAUUGGCACACCCCUGGUUGCCACUCACAGUGACAAAGAGGGAACUGUCUGAGGGGUAAGAACUCAGAAGAGAAAAGUCUCGCGAACGUGUAAUCACGCGUCGAGUUGUUUAUUUAAAUAUAUAAAAUUCGAAAAUUUAAA